UUUUUGAUUUACUAUUUUUUUUUUUCUUUUUUCCUAUUUCCCUAUUUUUUUUUUUUUCUUUUUCUUAUAUAUAACUAGAAAUAAUAAUAAAAUGGUUCAUAAUACAAUUGAAGUUUUUCUUCAACCACCUUCACCUACUAUGAAUAAUGCAUGCAAGUUGCCUCCUGUCAAAUCUUUACUUCCUUUAGACGAUGAUCAACAACAACAACAAUCACUUCCGAGUAUUCGUUUAACAGACGAUGACCCUAUUAUCAAUAGAAAAGAGACUAGUAACAGUUCUAAUAAUAAAUUAGAUACUAUCGAACCUACCUUUAAUUCAUUAUCUAUUUCUACUUCACCUUAUCAAAGUCCUUUAAUGUCCUUUUCUUCUCCUUCAUCAGCUACUUCUUCAAUAAGUGGUUCCCCAUUAAUAUCGCCUUUACAGGAUAGUCCCUUCUUAUUACCACCACCUGAUACAAGUUCAUUAAGACGCUGUCGUUCAAUAUCUAAUGCUUCAAAUACAUCUUCACCUAUUACUUCACCUUACACACAUUUUACAUUUCGUUCUCUCUCAGAGCCACCUACUCUCGAUUUACCACCAACUAUAACAGACGACGAUGAUGAAGAAGAAGUGAAUAAAAAUAAUAGUUUAGUAAUAACAACAACACAAAGUGAAGAUAAUUAUCAUCCUAUUUUUGGACCUAAAAGAAAGCGAGGAAGACCACCGAAUGCGACUCGACCCGAAGUUCAAGGUGAUAGCAAUUGGACCUUUGUGAAGCCAACAGUUUGGGAUGUUAAACAUCAACAACCAAACCCAAUUCAAAGAGAACACAACAAUAAUAAUAAUACCCCUUCUUACAGAAAACCGGAAAAUACCACAGUAAUGACUAAUAAUCUAAAUACCUUCAUGACAACGAAUAUGGAUAUGGCCUUAAGUAUACCCAAAAAGAAACGAGGUCGUAAACCAAAGAAACAAUUAGUAGGUAAUUCAUGUUUCGUUUGGCGUGAUUUAACUGCACCACGUGGAGCUAAUAAGAAAACAUUAUUACUAUCAAAAAAUGAAAAGCAAAAAGGAUAAAUAUAAUAUGUAUUUAAAGGAAAAAAAAAUGACUCC